GGGCCGCCUCCCUCUCCGCGCGGCCGGGGGCGCGCACUCCCGGCUCCCCCGCGGCCCCGGCAGGUGGAGGCGCCCGGCCCGCAGCCCCCUCCCGCCGCCAGCCGCGCGGGCGCCGCUCUCUUAAAGGGACAGGUGGCCGCGCUCCGCGUCUACCUGGGGCCCCGGCUCGGCCUCCUGGCUCGUCCCCGCUUUGGCGGACAAAGGGGCUUGCAACAGCUCUCUACGCCCUCCCGCCUCCUUUCCCUCGGGCAGUGACGGAUGGCAAGUCUUAAUACACCCAGCAUCCUUUUGCAACUUAAUUCUUCCAGCCCAAGUCACCCUCGCACGGCUCCUCCACGCAUGCUCGCGGACAUGCAGGGGCUGUCACUGUGGGCAAAGUUGGCAGAGGGGUGUCCCUAGCCCUGCGCCCCACCCCACCCGGAGCCCCGGGGCGCGCAGGGCUCGCGGCGGCUGGCAAACGCCCGUGCGAUCCCCUUGACCCUGCCCUGCAGCUGACCCUUGGGGAAAAGCCCCCCGCACGGCUACUGCGCAUGCUCUGAGCUGGACAGCUCCAGAGAGGGAAAUUUAAAAACGGUUCGAGCUGCGACGGCGGCCAAACUGCGGACCGCGAGGGGCGAGCGCGAGGGAGCCCCCCUCCGACACCCCCGCGCGCCCCGGCAGCGCCUGCGGCGGCGGCCCGGCGAGGAUCGGCUCCAGGAGAUGAUAGAAAGUGACAUCUCAUCCAUGAUGUCAGGAAUUAUUCGAAACUCAGGGCAACAUCGCCACCCCCCACCACAGGAAUACAGAUCAAAAACUGAGGCCCAGAGAGGUGAAGUCAGUGGCCCAAGGACACACAGGCUCCUGGCCACCAGCAGUGAUGAUGACCUUCCUGGGGACCUGCAGUCGUUGUCGUGGCUCACAGCGGUGGACGUGCCGCGGCUGCAGCAGAUGGCGAGUGGCCGUGUGGACCUGGGCGGCCCCAGUGCGCCACACCCACACCCACACCCAGGAGCCUUGGCUGGGGCAGCUGACCUGCAUGUGGGAGCCACCCCAGGUCCCCUGCUCCACGGCCCGGCUGGCAUGGGCCCCCAAGGCGUGCUGGGCUUGGGCCCCUUGGCCAGCCAUGGAGCCAACCAGAUGAGCCAGUUCCCUGUGGGGGGCCAGCCCUCACCCCGUCUGCAGGACCCUCCACAGCUGUACUCUCCCGCCUCCCAACCACAGUUCCCGCUCCCCCUGGGCGCCCAGCAGUGCCCUCCUGUGGGCCUGUGUGGCCCCCCAUUUGGGGCACGGCCUCCCUACCCCCAGCCCCGUGGGGCCGUGCAUUCAUCCCAGGACCUGCACCCCAAACACUACCCCAAGCCCAUCUACUCGUACAGCUGUCUGAUCGCCAUGGCCCUGAAGAGCAGCAAGACUGGCAGCCUGCCUGUGAGCGAGAUCUACAGCUUUAUGAAGGAGCACUUCCCCUACUUCAAGACGGCUCCCGACGGCUGGAAGAACUCGGUACGGCACAACCUGUCGCUGAACAAGUGCUUCGAGAAGGUGGAGAACAAGAUGGGCGGCUCCUCGCGCAAGGGCUGCCUGUGGGCCCUGAACCUGGCGCGCAUCGACAAGAUGGAGGAGGAGAUGCACAAGUGGAAGCGGAAAGACCUGGCCGCCAUCCACCGGAGCAUGGCCAACCCCGAGGAGCUAGACAAGCUGAUCUCAGACCGGCCGGAGAGCUGCCGACGCCCUGGCAAACCGGGGGAGCCCGAGGCCCCUGUGCUGACCCACGCCACCACAGUGGCCAUGGCCCAUGGCUGCCUGGCUGUCUCCCAGCUGCCGCCCCAGCCCCUGAUGACUCUGUCCCUGCAGUCAGUGCCCCUGCACCACCAGGUCCAGCCCCAAGCACAUCUGGCCCCAGACUCUCCCGCCCCAGCCCAGACCCCACCCCUGCACGCCCUGCCGGACCUGAGCCCUAGCCCUUGCCCACACCCCGCCAUGGGAAGGGCCCCUGUGGACUUCAUCAACAUCAGCACCGACAUGAGCACCGAGGUGGACGCCCUGGACCCCAGCAUCAUGGACUUCGCUCUGCAGGGGAACCUCUGGGAGGAGAUGAAGGAGGAGGGCUUCAGCCUGGACGCGCUGGGGGCCUUCGCGGACUCCCCACUCAGCUGCGAGCUGGGGGCCUCGGGCCUGACCUCCGUCUCUGGCGGCAGCCACCAGUCCUUCCCAGACUCGCAGGGAACGGGUCUGUACGCCACAUACUCGACCCCCGACAGUGUGGCCGCAUCCGCCGCCGCCUCCCCAUCUCAGUACCUGGGCGCCCCGGGGAACAAGCCCAUAGCCCUCCUUUGAGCUGCAGCCACGCCUGCCCAGGAACCUGGGCCCGCAGGGAGCGGACCGAGCUGGCUGUUCCAGAAGAAGGGCCCUGCCCCACCUCCAUGGGAAGCCUGUGGGACCUCCCCAAGUAAAAGGACAGCGGGGAGCGGACGAGCAUCCUGGCUCCCCUAGCCCCGACGCUCCUGCGAGAGCUGAGACGCGAGGCUGGCAGGGCUGAGAACAAGGUCUCUCCAGCCUGCCUCCACGCUGGGCUCCCUCUGGGACGCAUUGGUGAGCCAGGGAACGGCCCUGGCCGGAAGGCUCUGUAAUUUAUUCUUCUGGAAUGACAUAUCCAACUCAGCCUCCCAUGGAUGGGCCCUGAGGCCACGCGUGGAGCUGGCAGACUGUCGAAUUUCUCUUGGACCAGAACAGGCUGAACCCUGACAUGGGCGCCCGCCCUGCCGGCCCCCUUCUCCCGUUGUCUGUUAGAAUUCCACAGAGGAGACCCCUGCGCCAUGCUGGGCACCGUGACCCCACACACGUGUAUUUAUAUUUAUUGAGACCUGUCCUCACCACCUCUUCGAACCAGCCCGUGGCCCCUCCCCACAUCCCGGCGAUCCUAACCCUAAAUUCUCUGAGAUUCUCGGCUCCCACUGGCUCUUCAUCCCUUUGCGGCCUUAGGCUGCUUUUGAGAACAAACAAGCGUUUUGAUACUAUGAAACAUCCUCUUUUUUAAAAUUAGAUAUUUUUCUGAUUGUUCCGUCAUGAUUCGCAUCUCUCGCCUCGUGCAUCUAAGAGGAGAGGUGUGCUAGUUUGCGGUCCAAGGAGCUUUCUAAGGGCAAGUCGGGAUGGGCCUAGGAGAAAUGGCAGGGGCUUUUUGUACUGGAAUUUAAGAACCCCCGAUGGGAAGGAGGCAAACUGUGAACCAUGUAAGCUUGACCCACGAAGCGAGUGGGGCUGACGAAGCUGCAAUGAGGAGUGACAAUUUAUCGUCACUUCUUGGCCUAUUUCAUUGCCGAUGACCGCGUUAUGUUUUUUUCUCUCAUUGCCAGUGACUGCCUUUCCAAGUGGCAGGUCCUGCAGACAGCUGGGUCAGGCGGGAGUCAAGGGAAAAGAGAAGGUAAACAGUCUUCCAGCUAAGCUGAGACUGAGAACCUGCAGUAGCAGCUUGCACUGUUGUCCCCUCUUGACCAACUGGAGGUUUGGCUCCUGUGUCUGGGAGUUCCCAAACCCAGAGCCAGAAUUUUCCAAUUAAGCAACAGAUCCACCACCUGGGAGGUUGGGUGUUUAGGCCUGUCUUGAAGGAUCACCUUUAAGCCCUUCUUAGUUCUGGGACUUUCCACUGAGCAUCCACCAUCUUUAGACACACCCUGGUGCCGUCUGUCUGACCAGCCCGGCUCAGCUGCUUUGUGUGACGUGACCCCCGAUGAGUUAAGACAUUUGAGUUGUUGUUAAUGAAGACCCCGUGUUUGGGCGACCCCAAGACUGUGUAAGCGUAGCAUUGAAUACCUGCCUUCUGUCAAUAAAGGCUGGACGGCAGCUCUGUGGCUCGGAGGGAAGUGGGAAGGGAGGUAAAGGAGGACGCCACUCACUCACCUCUCACAGGGGAGACCCCAUUUACAGAUGGGGAAACUGAGGCCCAGAGAGGCAGCACCACAGCGGCACUGAACCCAGGUCUUCUGAUUCCAGGUUCCCAUCGUGCCAGAAAGUGGGCGGAGUUUGUCAUUAUCAAUAAAAUUAGCAUGGCUGCUGUUUAUGUCCCUCA